GCCGAUGAAUCUCUUCUAUCUGAUGUUGUAAUCAAGCACGGUCAAUUUUGGAUUUUGACAGCAGUGAUGCUGAGUCUGUCUAAAAUGAAAGAUAUUGUUGUUUAAACCAUAACAAUAACACGCGAAAAUAUGGCAAUGUCAGCUGAAGGAUUUUCCUCCAUGCAAGAGUGUGAGAGAGAACCAUUACAUUUCCAUAUAUCAGUAGACAAAGAAUCGCAGGAAGUCAAAGAUGUCAUGCUUCACAUCAAGCAGGUGGCAGAAUCCUUGUUGUUUCACUGGAAGAAAUUCCCUAUUGUAUUGCCACCAUCCUUGACAAACUCUGGGAAUGAAAAGGGAUUGAUAAACUACAAAGAUUUGUUUGUUGCCCCAUCAUUUGAUGAGCUGGAACAGGUGGCUACAGAUCCAUUUGGUAACUUAAAGAAACUCACAGAAUCUCAGCUCAAUAGUGUAUGGAAUAAAGGAGAGUUUGAAGUGCCAAGUGUAAAUUUCCCAGGUCAAGUACAUAAGUGGAAGUUGUCAAAAUUGUUACAAACAGGCUCUGAUGUUGCUCAUGACACUUUACUCAAUGAUUCUGCUCUAGCAUUAAGACUGUUGAUUAUUACAGCAAGAAAUAGAAUUAUCUCCCCUUGUUUUAGCUUGUCUGAGUCUUUUAAAAGCUGGGGACGAGGACUUUGGAAAGUUCUAGAUAUAUUGUUUGGAAUGCCAUCAACAAGUGCUGGAGAUAUUGAACAUAAGAUUAGAUUAGAGCAUCAAAGAUACUUGAUAGCUGAACUUGAUGUUAAGCCGAGCUAUCGUCAGGGAUUUGGAAAGUUUUCUCAAUUUGUGAGGGACACGAGUAGGUUGAGCACAAGAGAAAGGAGAAAAAUUCAGAAUUUACGUCCACCACCUGUUCCUUAUAUAUACCAGACACCUAAAGGAAUGGAUAUAGAUCUUAGACUUUUUAAUAAAGAUCUGAUAAACAACUGUUUACCUGUGCUAAGCAACAUUUUAGAGAGGGAAGCCAAGGGUUGGUAUGUGGCCUAUAGACAGAAAAUGAUCAGUAACCUUAAAGGUCAAGGUCUUUCAAAUGAAGAAAUCUCUGAGAGAGUAAAUGAGGGUAUAAAGGAGGAAUAUCUACAGAGGGUGUAUAAAGCAAUACUCAACAAUGCAGAGCUUGAUACUAUUCAACAUGGAAUUGGUUCUUUGCUAGUUUACCAAGCUCGAUCUGUGAUAUGUAUGAAGAAAGCAACUUCAAACCUUAAUGUCAAAAUGCAAUACCAUAAAACAGAGUUGUUGGCACACCUUAAGAGAAAAUACACUGUGAAGUCCCGUAUUGAACCUUGGGUGGAUGAACAAUUGGUAGCUUUUGAGCGUGAGUUCAUAGAACAAAACCUGUGGUCAGAUGAGGCCAUCAAACUGUGUGAUAAUGAAGAUUUACAACAAACUGUAUACUUCCUGCGGAGGGACCUUAACUUUAUCAAAGAGAGAGAAGCCAUUUUGUUAAAUGAGUUGAGUCAAGUACGAAUUCCAAACAGAGUUUUUACGUUUUCUGUACGAAUAUGGUUCCCUAAAAACUGGGUAACAGUUAAGUGGGUUUCCGAUGAUGAGGAAAUGGUUGUUCCCACGGUGAUAGCAGAACAGGGGAGAGAAGUAGAAUACCACUUAUCUCGAGGUGGUCAGAGGUAUUAUGUAAACAAGGAUACGAAGCACAAGACCAGCACACGUUACCCUAUGUGGAGAUGGUAUAACUAUGUACAGAGAACAUGGGCGUGGACCUGGAACUCUUUCUUCAUGUUUGGGGUGAUAAUUCCCUGGUGCAGUCCCCUCAGUAUACGUGCUCUGUUUGCUUGUAAUGAAUUCACACCAAGCAAAGAAAUCUCUCAACAUGAUGGAAAGUUGUAUCCAGACAUGAACUCUACCACACACACGCUGGUAUCCAGGCUGUCAGCAUUGUGGGAAAGUGUUCAUAAAUCAAGAAAAACAUUUGAAACUACUCCUGACAGAGGUUUUCUGGGGAAGAGUUUCACACGUCAUUUGAACAGAAUUUGGAACUAUGUAUGUAAAGGGUUUUUCGGAAGUUUGUUGGUAGUGGUGACAUUUCCUGUACUGUGUAUAGUUACAACAAUAUUAUCAUUGACAAUGGCCAUAACUGCUCCAGUCUGGGUUCCAGUAGCCUCACUGCUGUUUCAAGUGUUCUGUAUCCUUAUUUAUGACUUUGAUGCACCUUAUGACCAGAAUCGGUUCAGUAUAUUAUUGGAGGCAAUUAUCUGGAGAUUUCUGAUACAGGGUACUAUACAACCUGUGGCAGCUUCUUUGACUGGCUUUGUAGUGUGCCCACUGGGCUCUUUAGCAAUCAUGAUCUAUGGAGUUUUGCGUCGUGGAUUAAGAGGAAUAUGGGAUACAGCUAUGUAUGGGAUAGUGAUCAAGAGUCGAGCUAGGGUACCAGCCAGUGAUGGUUUUGUUGCUCGUAGAAUUGCAGGACCUGGCCUUGCUUCAAAUUAUUUCCUACAGAUUCAACCAGAGCAAGCCCUCGCAGCUGUAGAGGCAAACCUGGAGGCUGAGGAACUAGAUAUGUAUAAAGCCAAUACACUGAAAUUGAUUGAUAAACCAAUUAAUGUAUACAGUGAUUUUGUUUCACGAGUGUUUGCACCGUUCUCUGCUAGUCUCCAGCAUCAGGGUGUGUAUAAAGAACUUCAAGAUGAGACAUCCAACUAUAAAACUGACCUUACAAAUAAAGUGAACGCGAGACAGAGACGCCUCAAUACUGGUCUUAAUUUGAAUGUACAAAACAAGAUUAAACUGGAAGAGAAACAGCUCAAGCUGACCAUAUUACAAGCAGCAAGAAUGUUGGAGUCCUUCUACCCUAGCCAUAUAUUCAGCUUGAUGACAACACCGGAGAAAGACUUCUGGGAGAGGAAGGCACUGGAGUUUAGAGACUGGACAGGCUUGGCAAGUCAAAAGUUGUCCAGUAUUUUCUCCCCAGCUUUCCUAGUACCUAUGGAAGAUGCUGAUAGCCAUUUUGAGUUAAAGGUACAACAUUUAAAUCUUGCCCGCUACAUCACUAUGUUAGAGACAGCUGAUGUACAUGAUGACUUAGAUGUUGUCACAGAGGUGCAUACUAACACAGGAGAUGUGACUACAAAACUUCCGCAGCUUGAUGUAGCAUAUUUUAACCCCACAGAAAAUAUCUCACAAACACAACACUAUAGAACGCUCAGGAAAAAGAAAUAUUUAUGGUCAAGAAAGAGACUUGAAGCUGAAUUUACAAAGAUGGAGAUACCAUUGCCAAUACCCCACCCAGCUAUCAUAGCCAUGACCAUAUAUAACAGGGAAAACGAGCAGUGUGCAUUGAAUUUAGAUGAUGUGAUGUGCAGUGCAAUAGUUAGAGCUAUUAAAUCUUUCACGGACAUUGCUGAUCCAAUGACCACAGAUUCUGCUGAAUUUGAACUCAGCACUCCCGAUAACGGAGUGGAACCAGUCAGUAUUGUGUCGCAUCUUGCUGAACAGGAGCAGUCUAUAUCUGACGACAGUGCUCGCAGUGUUACGUCACCGAUGCUAGAAUACACGACGGAGAUGACAAAAGUAACGCCAAGUUUAGAACAUAGACUAGAAACUUACGCUGAAGAUUUUCACGAUGAUGAGGAGGCUGGUAUGGCAGUGAUAGGUAAUAACAGAACUGUUUAUAUAACCGAGGCUCACGCCGAGACGGUUAGCGUCGAUACGACUCACGAUGUGGGCGAGGAUGUGUACCAAGAGGAAGGAAUGGGUUAAUGUCAUUGGUUAAUGACACGAUAACUAUUUUGUUUUUUUCUGUGGUGUAUCUUACUGUCUUACUGUGUGCUUCCAGAUAUAAGUGUUUUGUCUUUUGUCUCAAAACAUGUUUGAUGUUUUUUCCGAUUUAAUUUAGUGUGUUUCGUUAAAAGCAUUUGAGACAUUGAAGUCUAUAGAACAUACUUUACCAAUGAUAUGUUUGACUAAGGUUGUGUACAAAACUUACAUACCUGUGAAUACAGUAGAGAUGAUCCUACAUACUUUCGAUAUUUUGUGAUUUACAAUAGAAAAUGUGUUGCAUUAUUUUGAUUUUUGUUUACAAAUAAUUUUGAAGAAAAAAAACAUGCAAUGAAUUUACCUUGUUUGUGUUACCCUAUAAAUCAGAAACAUGUUUGAAAAUUGCCCUAUUUUCUGCAGCUAGUUCUGAGAAAAAAAAAUCUAUAAUUGCCCUCCUUUCAUUUUUGAAAUACUGGAAUUGAUUAUUAUAACUAGACAUUACCUUCUGUGUGUGUGUUGUUUUUUUUGGUUGCUUUUUUCUUAGGUUUUCUUUUUGUUUGUUUUGUUUGGUCUUUGUUCUUUUUUUGUGUGCAAAACAUGUUUAUAUAUUUUAUAAAAGACAAAAUGAAUCAAGUGAAUUUAUCUGACAUACUACCUUUAUUGACAAUAAAUUUUUAAAAUUUGAAAGUGAAAAUAAUGUACACAUGCAAGUCUGUGUUUUGUUUUUAUGCAAUAUUGCUAUUGUGUAGAUUUCCUUUUUUUUUUACAUAUUUGUGUAUUGCAUGUGUAAGUUUUUGUGUAACAUUGUGUGCUUAUUGUGAUAUAGAACUGCUGCCUUAGUAAAGUCAUAUCUCUAAUUACAUGAAUCACAUAUACAUUAGAAAUCUCACUGCAUAGAAUAUACGUACAUGUCUGGUGAAAUAUAUUAGGUGUAUAUUACAUAGAAAAUACAUGUCAGGUGAAAUGUAUUAGGUUUAUAUUGAAAUAAUGGUAUAUAUUGAUAUAAUGAUCUGUAUUAUUGUAACAUGACAAAAUAUUGGUGACGAUUCUCAACUCUGGUGUUGUUUACAGCGAAUGUAGGACAAAACCCCACACGUCAAAACCCCACACCUCAAGAUUUUAUAGAGUGGACAAAACCCUACGCCUGAAUUUUAAAGAGUGGACAAAACCCCACACCUUCAAUUUUAUAGAGUGGACAUAACCCCACACCUUCUAAUUUUUUGUUACAAAACCAUA